AUGACUGCCCGUGAGCGAGCGGCGAGUGGCAAAGCCAGAAUGGAUGCGGUACUUGGCUCGGCGCGAAAGCUGACGGCACCCCUCUCCCCAAGUAUCAACAUGGCGGACGACAUGCCCACGUUCAAGCUCCUUCUCGUCGGUGACGGCGGUGUUGGUAAGACCACCUUUGUCAAGCGCCACAUCACUGGCGAGUUUGAGAAGACGUACGUGGCCACGCUCGGCGUCGAGGUCAACCGGCUCGUCUUCCACACCAACCGCGGCCCGCUGCGUUUCAACGUGUGGGACACUGCUGGCCAGGAGAAGUUUGGCGGCCUCCGCGACGGGUACUACAUCCAGGGUGAGGCGGCUAUCAUCAUGUUCGAUGUCACCUCGCGCCCGACGUACAACAACGUCGCCAACUGGUACCGCGACCUGACCCGCGUCUGCACCGACGCCAUCCCCAUUGUGCUUGUCGGUAACAAGGUCGACUCGUCGGCCCGCCAGGUCAAGGCCCGCCACAUCAUCUUCCACCGCAAGCGCAACCUGCAGUACUACGACAUCUCGGCCAAGAACAACUACAACUACGAGAAGCCGUUCCUCUACCUCGCCCGCAAGCUCUCGCCGGCCCUCGCUCCGCCGACCGUCGAGAUCUCCGACGAGGCCAAGGCUGCCAUGGAGGCCGAGCUCGCUAAGCUCCAGGACAUCGCCGUGCCCGACGAUGGCGACGACGACCUGCUGUAA